AUGUACGGGUUUCAUUACGAUGUUAUGAAACGACAUUACGGAGAUAAGAUCGAGCUGCUUUAUACCGAUACUGAUUCACUAUUCUACCGCGUGACGACGAACAAUUUCUUCGCUGACCUAAUAAAAAAUCCCAAUUUGAUGGAGUUUAUGGACACCUCAAAUUUCCCUCAAGAUCAUAAGUGUUACACAACUGCACGGAAACGUAUUCCGGGCCUAUUCAAAUUCGAGUGUGGUUCCAGGACGGUCUACGAAUUCGUAGCUUUACGAUCCAAAUCGUAUGCCUAUGACGUGGAACAGGAGGUCACAAUUCGUGCGAAGGGUGUUAUGGGACACGUGAUCAGAAACCACCUCACUUUCGCCGAACAUAAGCGGUGCUUAUUCGCCGACGUGGACGACGAUGCGGAAUCCGACGAGUGCGACGACGAAUUCGACGCUAGUAUGGGAAAAAUGUUCGCCGCCGACUCUGCGCUGAAAGCUGUCGCCCAAAUACAUCGGAACGCCUCAACCUCUGCAACUCGUUCCACGGCGGCGGCGGCGGUCACACCUCCAUCCCACGUUUACAGCUACAUGCCGUUCACGCCGUAUAGGGAAAAUGUCUCUAUACGCUCGUUUAAGCACGAGUUACGCACAAUAAGAUCUAUGAAACUAGUUUUAAACAGGGCCGAUGAUAAACGGUAUGUGCUACCAGAUAACAUUUGUACGUACGCACACGGACAUUACCUCGCAAAUUACUAA